GAAGGGUGUUAUUUGUUAUUAAAAUGUAGGGGAUAUAAUGGCUGGUUAGUGGGACCAUCCGAUCCUGUAUGGUUUGUCUGUAUUCCUUUUCUUUUUCAUAGAUAACGUGCAGACAGAUUUCCUAUGCACCAUUACACCCAUGCCCUUGGCUGGCUUUCACUAUAAACCAAACCCAUUCCAUCUUUUCUUUUCUCCCUUUUCCUUUUUCAUUCUCUCUCCAAACUUUCCUUCCCCUACAUGCACAUACAUCCUAUUCACCUGCCUCUCCAUCUAACCAAUAAAACCCAUCCAUCCAUUAAUACCAUCUCCCUCCAUACCUUUCAUUUAGUGUCCAUCCAUCCAUCCAUCAAUCAUCACACACCCAACCUAAUCCAUUCUCAUUUUUCACACACUCUCUCUACUCUCUCUCUCUCUUCCAAAAACUCUUCCUACAAUACACUUUCAUAUUGUAAAAUAAAAUAAAUAAAAUAUUAAAAAUAGAAAGAGUUGGGAUUGGAAUUGUCUUACCGGAAAUGGGUGACGGAACAACUGUGAGCAACCUCCCGGAGGAGAUCCUGUUGAACGUCUUCUCUGCCGUCUCCGACACGCGCACGCGAAACUCGUUGUCCCUGGUGUGUCGAAGCUUCUUCCGCUUGGAGCGCAAGACGCGCAUCUCGCUCACCCUGCGGGGGAACGCGCGUGACCUGCACCUCAUCCCGACCUCCUUCACGCACGUCACACACCUCGACCUCUCCUUCCUUUCACCGUGGGGCCACGCGCUCUUCUGCUCCUCCGCCACCACCACUUUCGACCCGCGCCUCCUCGCUCUCCGCCUCCGCGACGCCUUCCCGCGCGUCACCUCGCUCGCCGUGUACGCGCGCGACCCCGCUACGCUCCAACUCCUCCUCCUCUCCCCCUGGCCGGAGCUCUCCAGCGUCAAGCUCGUGCGCUGGCACCAGCGCCCGCCGACAUCGCCCGCGGGAUCCGACUUCGCCGUGCUGUUCUCACAGUGCCGAUCGCUAGCCUCGCUCGACCUCUCCUCGUUUUACCACUGGCCGGAGGACCUCCCGCCCGUGCUGGCGGCCAACCCUGACACUGCAGCCUCGCUCCGCCGCUUGAAUCUCUUGACAACUUCCUUCACGGAGGGUUUCAAGUCUCAUGAAAUCGAAUCCAUCACCGCAUCGUGUCCUAAUCUGGAGCACUUUCUCGUGGCCUGCACCUUCGAUCCGAGAUAUAUAGGGUUCGUUGGGGACGACACGCUGGUUGCUAUUCCGUCCAAUUGCCCGAAGCUCAAGCUGCUUCACUUGGCCGAUACGUCAUCGUUUUCAAAUCGCAGAGAGGACGAGGGUUUCGGGGGAGAAGACGGUAGGGUUAGCCGUGCUACUCUAGUGACUUUGUUCUCCGGACUUCCUCUUUUGGAAGAGUUGGUGUUGGAUGUUUGUAAAAAUGUGAGGGACAGUAGUGUGGCGCUGGAAGUGUUGGGUUCGAAGUGCCCUAAUUUGAGGGUUCUGAAAUUAGGCCAGUUUCAAGGGAUUUGCUUGGCCCUUGGGUCUAAGCUCGACGGAGUUGCCCUCUGCCAUGGGCUUCAGUCUUUGUCCGUUGGUAACUGCGCGGAUCUUGAUGACAUGGGGUUGAUUGAAAUUGCCAGAGGGUGUUCCAGGCUGGUUAGGUUCGAACUUCAGGGUUGCAAGCUUGUGACUGAGCAGGGGCUCAGGACCAUGGCUUGUUUGCUUCGCAGGACUAUGAUUGACGUCAAGGUUUCUGGCUGUGCAAACCUCGACACCGCCGCGACUCUCAGAGCUUUGGAGCCGAUUCGGGACCGGAUUGAACGGCUACAUGUGGAUUGUGUGUGGAAUGGGUUGAAGGAAAGUGAUGGCCUGGGACAUGGGUUUCUUAAUUUUGAUCUGAAUGGUUUGGAUGAAGUGGAUGGUGGUGGUGAGUUAAUGGAUUACUUUGGGGGUGGAGAAUGUGAGAAUACAAGCAAAAGGAAGAGGCAGAGAUGCAAGUACGAAAUGGGGGUUCAUGAUUCCUUUUUGGAAAGCAAUGACAAUGGUUUGUAUGGCAAGUGCUGGGACAGACUGCGGUAUCUUUCUCUUUGGAUAAAAGUUGGUGAUCUGUUGACUCCAUUGCCGGUGGCAGGGUUAGAGGAUUGUCCCAAUUUGGAAGAGAUUCUUAUAAAGGUUGAAGGAGAUAGCAGGGGGCAACCGAAACCAGCAGAGCGGGAGUUUGGUCUCAGCAUUCUGGCUUGUUAUCCUCAGCUGUUGAAGAUGCAGCUGGACUGUGGUGAUACCAAAGGUUAUGCCCUCACAGCACCAUCAGGGCAAAUGGAUUUGAGCCUGUGGGAGAGGUUCUUUCUGAAUGGGAUUGGGAGUUUGAGUCUGAAUGAGCUUCAUUACUGGCCACCACAAGAUGAGGAUGUGAACCAGAGAAGUGUGUCACUUCCAGCUGCUGGUUUGCUACAAGAAUGUUAUACUUUGAGGAAGCUCUUCAUUCACGGGACAGCUCAUGAGCAUUUCAUGAAUUUUUUCCUCAAGACACCAAACCUAAGGGAUGUACAGCUAAGGGAGGAUUAUUACCCAGCCCCUGAGAAUGACAUGAGCACGGAAAUGAGAGUGGCCUCCUGCAGCCGCUUUGAAGAUGCACUCAAUAGGCGUCGAAUCUGUGAUUGACUUGUAAUGUUACAGUGCCUCACAAUGGAAACUGCUUGCAUGUAGAAAGUUUAAGUUUCGGAGUUUCUCUCCAUUAUUAACAUCGUGCCCAUCUUUUUGUUUAGUUACUAUUUUUCUAUUUCCUUCCCACUUUUUAUACUGUAACAACCAGACUCAUGUCCUAUGUUUUAGUCAAAGAAUAAAUUAUUCUACAACAGAUUAUAAAUA